AUGCUCGUCACAAAAAAGCAAAUGAAAUUUGGGACAGAGAAACCGCUGCAUGCAGCAACCAUUGAAGAAGCCCUUACCGCUACGGGUUUCGGCAAAUACAACUUCGGUCUACUAUUAAUAUGUAGUUGGACACUCCAAGCGAUGGGAAUGGAUCUGUUCGGUACCAGCUUUGUGGUGGCAGCCGCGGUGUGCGACCUGGAGCUGAGCAUGCAACAACGAGCGCUGCUGACGGCCACACCACUUAUAGGCGUGGUAUUAGGAGCCCAGCUUUGGGGGUAUGUGUCGGACACGAAGGGUCGACGCCUCACCUUGGUACUGUCCAUGUCAGUUGGCUUUGUGUUCGCCGCCCUCAGUAGCUUCUCGCCGGAUUGGAAGACUAUGGCGUUUAUGAAGCUGAUAUCGUCAACUUUUACUUCUGCAAGUAAUUCAGGCGCCUACACGCUGCUGGGCGAGAGCUGUCCAGAACGGUCGAGGGGACGAUCUAUGCUACUAUGCACAUGUUCCUUAAUGUGUUCCCAGGCUGUCGUUGCUGUUUUCGCGUUCCCCAUCCUGCCCCUAGAAUUUGCCUACCAGAUAGACUUCCUAGGAAUUACAUAUAGGCCCUGGCGGUUGCUGGCCCUCGUCAUGUCACUUCCGUGCGCCGCCACCGCGUGCCUGCUGCAGCUGUUCCACGAGAGCCCCAAGUUCCUGCUGUCCAGGGGGCAGCAUGACCAGGCUCUGGAGGUGCUGAAGAGGAUUUAUGCGUGUAACACUGGUCACGGGAGGGAUAGCUUUCCAGUAAAGAAGUUAAUAGAUGAAACGGAACAAACGGCCUCCGAUGAGGAAUCCUUCCUGCGUGUGCUCUGGCAGCAAACCAGCGCGCUGUUCCGCCCGCCGCUACUCAGCGUCACCAUGAAGCUCUUCUACCUCGUCACUAUUAUUUAUAUGACUGGUAGUGGCUUCAUCCUCUGGUUGCCCUACAUCAUGAACAAUUUGUUCUCCAUGCUGGAGACGGGCGGAGGCGCUGGUAUGAAUCUGUGCACCGUCAUCAGAUAUUCCACGGAGAGCAUGACUGUUGCUGGAAAUUCAACCGUUAUACAAGAAGUAUGCAACGACACCAUACAACCAACGACACUUCUAUCCGCGAUGUCGUACGGAGCUCUUGCGAGCUCAUCAAACCUGGUGCUCUCUUUAACCUGCGGGUCGAGGAAGCGGCUGGCCAUGAUCGGAAUAGUUCUGCUCUCUGGAAUAUCAGCUGUUCUGUUGAACUUGGUGUCCAGCCCGAUCGCUGGUGGCGUGUUCUUCUUUCUGUUUCUCCUUUGCGCAUUGUCUAUGGGCAUUCUUAGCGUGUACUUUGUGGAGCUGUAUCCUACGUCUUUAAGGGGGAUGGCGUCAUGCCUCUCCGUGAUGCUGGGAAGAUCGAGCGCCUUCUUUGGCGUGAACGCUAUUGGAUACCUCAUCUCAGCAAAUUGUGAAGCAACAUUCUACGGGUGGUCGGCUCUGUUAUUGAGUGCUAUUGUUGUAUCGUGGUUCUUGCCCAGUGACAAGAAAUGAAUCCUUAAAAUAAGCAAAGUCCAAUUAUUUAGGCUGGUCCGUUGAAUUUUCGAUGUGACUAAAAAGGUUUUACAGGUGGCCUUUAAAAAUU